UUAUUUUGUUUUGAAAAUUUUAUUUAAAGAAAAAACACCAAGUGUACCUUGCCUUAGGAAGCGCUCACAUUUGGUAUUUGUUGUUUUUACCUAGAACCCUGGGGAGGCCACAUCCUGCCCGCAGCCUCCAGAAAGCUCAAAGCGGGCUGCCCGCAGGCCCCCUGCCCUGGGGCAGAGCAGCUGUCCCUGGGCCCCACGUGGACGCUUUGGUGGUGCGGGCAUUCUUGACCCACUGACCCUGCCUCUCCGGGCAUCAGCGCGUUUUCUCAGUUCCAUGUGGAGGCUUGCUUCAACUUGGCCUUCAGAGCCCUCCCCACCUGGCCCUGUCUAGCCUGCCCUGGCCACAGGCAGACACACGGUGCCACCAUGCUGCUCCUUGCCUCUUCUCCAAAGACCUGCUGGCUGCUCAGUGCCCAGCUCAUGUUAGUGACCUCCUUUGGGAAGCCUUCCCUGAUGCUUCCCAGCGACUUGCCAGCGUCCCCGGCUCCAUCCCCAUGUCCCAGUGGCACUCCAUUCAUGCGUGUUAUGACCGCUGCCGCCUGCCCCGACCCCCAGGCUGCACGCGGGGCAAGAACCCAGCCUCUCUCCCCAGCGCCCCGGUGCCCACCUGCGUGCCCAGGCUGUGCCCCCUGUCCUUUGGAGAAGGAGUGGAGUUUGACCCCUUACCAUCGAAGGAAGUAAGGUAUACCUCCUUGGUCAAGUACGACUCGGAGCGGCACUUCAUCGACGACGUGCAGCUGCCACUGGGCCUGGCGGUGGCCUCCUGCAGCCAGACAGUCACCUGCAUCCCCAACUGCACGUGGCGCAACUAUAAGGCUGAGGUGCGCUUCGAGCCGCGCCACAAGCCUACGCGCUUCCUCAGCACCACCAUCGUCUACCCCAAGUACCCCAAGACCACCUACACCACCACCCUGGAUUACAACUGCCGCAAGACGCUCAGGAGGUUUCUGUCCAGCGUGGAACUGGAAGCCUCGGAGUUCCUGGGCACCGAAGACCUCUCCGACGAAUGCUGACUCUAGCGGGCCGGGCUGGGGUUGGCCCCAGAGCGCCCUGGUCAGGUUGGGCGACGCGGCCCUUGCAUGUCAUUCCAGCCCCCCGAGGCGUCCAACCUAGAGAUACCUCUAAGCCCAGCCUGGGGAAGGCAAAAAAAAAAAAAAAAAUCACUGCAUUUCAUAAUGAUCGAGAUAUUUGGUUUUUGUUGUUGAAUUUUCAAGUUGUUUUUAAAAGGAGGCGAUUUCCUGGUUUGCCGUUGCCUGCUUUCCCCGGAGUCUCAGUCGGAUGAGAAAAUGAAAAGACCACUAGGACAGAAGGAAGUGGUAGCAGUGUGACAUAGGGAGGGAAGGAGAGAGAGCUCGUCUUCCCUUGGCCGGUUUGUCUGGGGAGAGUGAGGAAAAAGUCCCUGGGAUGGAAACAGUGAGUUUUGAGAGAUCUCAGCCACAGGUGUCUUCUUCACUGCCACAGAAGCAGUGCCAACUCAGUCAACUGUGACACCCAUCUGGGUCCAAUCUGGAAUUCUGAGUUCCAUUCCAUCUUUUAGUUCCAUUUCCAUUUGUGUUUCCUGCUAACCAAAUCUGUCGAAAUUCUCUAAAUCUUUCUCAUGAUAUCAAAAAGCCCCAAACCACAAUAUAUGAUGCCUUUAAAAAGAGAAAAAUAGGGUCCACCCUGUCCUGGAGCGCUUCUGGAAGGUCGGAUCAGCGGGUGGCCGGGUGUUGGAGCCGUGGCGUUGGCCGGAGUUCCAAGCACGGGCUCUGGCAGAGAGCCUCGGACCCUGGGCAUCUGGUUCCCGCCUCCACAGGCUUGUGCGACUCUCCUGAUAAGUAUUUUGGGGUUUCUAAAUACUUUCCCUUCUUUGCAUAAGGGAAAAUGCAGCGCAGGGCUCUGUCGAGAGAAACGGCGCCUUAAAAGAAUGCUUUGCAAAAACACUUUCUGGGCCUCCGGGAGUGGGGGGACGGGAAGCGGUCGCCCUGAUGGAGACCUGGCAGCUGGAGCUGUCGCUGGUGACCGGGUUCAUCAGGAGGGGUGCCUGAUUGACUCCUUCCUAGGAUGGCGGUGGUGUCAGCGUCGCAGGGUGGUUCUGCCAGAGCCUGUGCUUGGAACGUCCGACCCAAAACACCGCAGGGAAGUCUGCGCCGCUCACCCCAGUUAACCUAAGGUGGAUUCUCGGAACAGGGAAUGAUGUCGCCGCAGUUCAGACUCCAAAACCUGGCCACUGUAGUGACGGCACACGCUGCUUUCCUACCAUGGUGUGAGUGGAAGUGACAGUCACGGCGUUGGGUAUGAACUGAAGAUGUGUCCCCCAGAGAAACCGUGUGAAUCCAGCUGAGCCCCCCAGCAGCAGCGGCCCAGCGGCCGGGGGACGUCAGCCCCCCUCACCCUGCCACCCUGCCCAGCCCUUUCUUCUCGGGACCUCCAGCCAGUCCCUGCCGUGUCUCAGAAAGUGGCAGAUGGGUUUUUUUUUUUCUUCUGAUACUGGAAAGAACAAACCGUAGCUAUUCCCUUUGAAUACAUCCAAAUUAUGUCAAGUGCUCGAGGGUUGCAGAGCAUUGUAAGCUCCCGUUGUAUCUGUAGGUGGCUUCCAUCUGUCCCCAAAGCAGAACUGAUGGCGCCAUGGGUGCCCUGGAGCCACAGCAGGGACUUUUGUUAGCGUGAGAGCAGGUGCGAUGGUAAUGGCUCUCAGCUGGGGACUUGGAGGCCAAUAGAGCCACGUUGUCUUGGUGUCCACUUCGGACAACAGCGUUUAGUCUGUCCUGCUCCUUACUGGCGGGACACACCCCCACGGACACACCCCGUGGACGGAGCCUGCAGUCUGCUUCGUGCUCCAGAGUUUGCCAGGGUGAAGCUGGGCAGGGACCCAACGAGGGGCCGGUCCCCAUAUACGGAGCCACAAAUGCUUCCUGCAUUUGGAAGAGCAAAUUAUGCCGCAUUUAUUGAUAAAAAUGAUUUUUCUACCUGAUUCCACAAUGUUGUCCUUUAAGUGGUAAACAUAAUUUUUAAAUUGCUAAGAGAAUUCCCAAGGCUUUUCUCUGCCCCAGUGGAGGCACCUGGAAGAGCCCAGGACAGCAUUGUGGGCAGAGGACAGAAGGUGACCUUUGAACACAGCAGGGUUUUGAGAUAUCUUUAGGAGAUUUUUUUGUAUUAGGGGGAUUGUGUUCAGUUCGGGCAAGUCUUUCUAGGUGUGGAGAGAAUCUGAAAUACGUCAGUGAAGUAAGUAGAAGUGAGCAAUUGUGAAUGUGUAAUGC